AUGAGCCUCACGACCAAGCCGGAGAAUGUCAAGUGGGUGGAUGGCAUGCGUGGAUUGGCGUCUCUCCUCGUCGUCUCCACACAUAUUGCCCGCGCCUUUGACGAACCGCUAUUCAAGCCCACGAGUGCCGAAGGGCAAGCCCCUCGCAUUCUCCAAUAUCCCAUCAUCCGGAUCCUCUUCCAGGGCCGCAUCGGAGUCACCAUCUUCUCCCUCGUUACCGGAUACGUGUGUGCCUUGAAGCCCCUGCGGCAGUUACGCGCCGGCCAGCAAGAUGCCGCCUUCAAGGGCAUCUCGAGGAGUGCCUUCCGCCGUGUCCCCCGCCUCAUCCUCCCCACGUCGUUCGCCACGACGUUGAUAUGGUUCUUCUGCCAGUUCGGCGUCUUCGAGGUCGGCAACCGGGCCGCGGGCUGGUGGUUGAACUACACCUCACCGAGCAUAACGCCGUAUUUCGGAAAUGCGGUCAAGAGCUUGAUCCUCAAUUUGAUCACGACGUGGACGAAAUCGUGGAAUAUCUACGACAACAACCAGUGGACGCUGCUGCCGUUAUUGAAGGGGAGCAUGCUGGUGUAUAUGUUCCUGGUGGCCACGGCAUACUGCAGACCAAGAUACCGCAUGAUCUUGGAAUUGGCCAUGUUCGUGUACUACUACAUCAGCAACGAUUCCGCAUUCGGCAUGCAGUUUUUCUUUGGCGUCUUCCUCGCAGAUCUAUCCCAACACCCCCCUCACCAAGCCUGGGUCGCAGCCCGCACCUGGCCCGGUCGCGUGCUCUCGCCGGUUCUCAUCUUCAUUGGCCUCCUCCUCGCCUCCUACCCCGAAGACAAGGCGCAGUGGAUGAAAUGGUCCAAAAUUAUGGGCCAAACCUCCGUCUACAUCUUCCCCAAGGACAACGAAACGCCCCGAUUCUACUCGGGGAUCGGUCUCAUCUUCAUCGUCCUCGGAAUCCAUUUUUCGAACGCGGUCAAGAACGUUCUCUCCAACAAGUACCUGCUCUGGUGCGGGAAGAACUCGUUCGCCGUCUACCUGCUCCACGGGUCCCUGCUGCGAAGCGUCAUGGUGUGGAUGUACUUUGGCAUCAAGACCCCCCCGGACGUCAAGGGCGCAGACGGGAAGAUGGUUCCCGGGCCCAACUUGAAGAUAUGCGGACGGGCGCGCUGGUACUUCUGGAUGCCCAUCUGGUUCGUCCUGAUGUACUGGGUGGCCCACCUCUGGACCAAACACGUGGAUCCCCUGUUCGCGAAGAUGACGGAGGGUCUGGUGCACUAUGUCUUUGAGGAUCAGCCGGCCCCGGAUUCCGAGAAGAGGGUGCUGCCGCAGUGA